ACUUCCGAUUAUCACGUCUAGGCUGGAUUCCUUCCAAAUUGUGUAGAGGUCAUUAUGCCAGUCAAGUCGUCUUUCCCCGACUUGAGCCCAAUACCGACUAAAGCUAGCCCUGGCAAGCAGCCUCCGCAGACUAAAGCGAAGCCCAGCCCACCUAUCGCCAUUCAGAAGAAUAACGAGCUUCGGAGUCAACCGCGGCGUUACAGACCUAACUCGCCCAUUGUAGAUGAAGGUGGUGUCUCUUCAAACAUUAUGAACAGAAUUCCUCAGAAAGCUCUCAAACCUCCUCAGCAAAAUUAUAGAAAUCACAACAACACGGACAGGUUCCACCAAGAACCUCCCCCAACACUUCCGAAGUUCCCCAGCCCGCCUAAAGAACCACCUCCGAAUUUCCCGCGGUUCCCGAGUCCACCCCAAGAUCCUCCCCCACCCACAUACCCAAAGUAUCUCACAAAUUCCCAUGAACCACCGCCCACCUUCCCCAAAUUUCCAAGUCCUCCGUGCGAGCCUCCUCCGCCUCCUAAGGUAUUCCACAACAUCCCACCUCCAACAUUACCCAAGUUUCCAAGUCCACCAAAUGUUCCUCCUCCCGACUUUGAACCCAAGACUCACAAAGCGAAGGGACCACCGACUCUCCCAAGAAGCACCCACCAAAACAAUGACCUUCCUCCCCCUCCUCCCCCUUCCGUCAGUAGACUACCCAGUCCUGCAGAAUUCCCAAGACCACCUUCCUUUCUAGAUAAUCCCAACCAGGAAGGCUUCCCUCCGCCACCUCCGGAUGUUCUCUCAAAAAACUCCAAAGCUGAAGAGCAUCCUGCAUCGGACAACUCUCAACGAUACCCAAGCCCUCCUGCCAAAGUUCAGAAUGGAUACCCAUCCAACAUGAACAACAACAUUCCUUCAUCAUCCAGCCCAAAGCUGCUUAGGCGGUUACGAUCUCACAGUACUGAGGAUGGAUCCAGUGUUCCCAACGGUGUCUUUCAAUCCCGGUUUGCCCCUAUCAGGAAGACAAAUUCAAACGGUGCAGAAUGGACAGUGAACCAUGCUAGUGAGAACAAGACUACAGCUAAGAAUGGCAUCAGCAAUAAACUAAUACGUGAGGACAAGCCAAUGAAGAGGGUGCCAGCAAGACCACCGCCGCUCAAAUUCCUGACAUCCAAAGUUUCUUCCUCUCCACCAAACUCCAAGAGCAGACCUAUCAUAUCAGAACCACUAAGCCCUAAAGGUCUCCAUUCAGGGGCUCUGAAAGCCAAUGGUCAGUCUGCCUUUGUUGUUCAUGGGGACAGGAGACAUGUAUCCCCGGGUGCCUCUCCUGUAGGAAGCCCUUUGUCUGACAAGUCCCUUGACUUUGAGAAAGACGAUAUGCCCAUCUUUAGUGCUCAAGUACUGAAGAACGGCUACAGGAAGCAAACGUCUCCAAGAGCAAUUGGCAAGUCACACGAUAUCUUGCACGCAAACAGGCAGAGUCCAAGAAGGGAAUCUCCAGCUGGUAGUCCGUCCCAUCAUCACCGGGACGGCCAUUACAGGUGGGAUGCAGAUUUACCACCACCCCCUCCUCCUCCAUCAUAUCGAACAAAUGUUCUUCCAAAUGGGCAAAGGGUCAACGGGAAUCAUCGAACAGGCAAUGGUAUUGAUAGUGAGGUAAAUUUUGCUAGAGAUAUUGAGGCUGAAGUUGAUGGCUAUGAUGAUAACUUGGUAAUUGAUAAAAUUAGAGAUCAUCACCUAAGACAUGCACCUAGAGUAACACAUGAAAAUAACAUCCAUGUUAAUGGAAACCAUGAGAGUGGUCCAAAGCAAGCUCCUCCCCAUCCCCCACCAAUAUCACCCAUGCUGGCACGGAAAUCUAAAGCUGGUAAGAAACAACCUCCUGCACCUGCACAGAAACCAGCAAAGGCCCCCGUACCACCCCCUGUCCUUGCCAAGCCCCCAAAGGGAUCCCAUUGCCCUGGUAGAAGUACACCUUCAAGAGAACAAAAUGGUCAUAUUGCAUCCAGAUUUUCAUCAUCACCUCCUACCUAUCCAAAAUCGUCCAACACUACCAACUCUAACAAUGUCAUGAUCAAUGCACACAUGUCCAUCAUCUCCAACUCCUCAACAUGCUCCCAGUUCUCAAUGAAUUCCCUCAAUCUCUCCAACAUCUCUGCCAAUUCCCACGAUUCUUUCACCACCGUCAGUUCUACCAACACUUACAAUCCCCAUAAUAUCUCUAUGAUCUCCUCCAACUCCUCCAAUUCAAACUCGUCGGUAACUUCUCAGAAAAUAGCUUCCUUUGAGAAUAGCACCGAGAACGGUCAUUCCAAAACAACCAAGGAAGAUUCCAGUCAAAAUGACCACUGCCCACCCAAUGAGUUGUGCAAAAUGUCUCUUAUUCAAAAGAUAGCUCUCUUUAGCCAUAAGAAAAGUCAUCCCUCGCCCCCAUCAUCUCCUAAAUCCUCUAGAAAGGGUAGUCCAGUACCACAGCACAAAUUCCCAAAGAACACUGACACAAAAUCCAAUGUCAGCCUGUCAAAUCUUGAGGCUGAGAACAAUCAGAAGCAACCAGUCAGUCCCAAAUGGGGCCGUAAAGCUGCUUCGCCCAUCCCUUCCAUGAAGACACCCCCUGCCGAUCAGCACUACCAUGACACCCCACCCAUCCAGCGUCCCUCCAGUCCCAGAGGAACCAGUGAUGUAGAAUGGAAGAGGCCCCCUGUUGCUGCUGUCUCGGAACAGUUCGAAGCUUGCAUCCGACGGACUCCGUCCUACUCCUUUUCCUGCAAGAGGACCGUCAGUCGGACACCUUCCUCCUCCUCCACAGAGAAGAGUGACUCUGACACGUCCUUCUCUGGAGGGUUCACUUUCCCCAGGCCAAGUAAGAUCAAGAAACAGAAGGGAAGGGUACCCUUACCCCAUGAGAACACCAACUCUAACUCCAACUCACCCCCUCAUCCAGUGGGUACCAGGGGGCUGGUGUCCAAGCGCAGUAUCAAAGAACCUCCAAAGCCUCUUCCAAAACCUUCCAAGAAUCCUCAAAAAGCGCCAGCCAGGCUCCCAGACGCUCCACCACCCACAUCAUCAUCAUGUCCAUCAUCAUCCUCCUCCUCUUCAUCAUCGACAUCGUACACCCCGUCAGGCAUGGCGUCAUCCUCCGUAGGAUCAGUUUGGCGGAGGGCAGAGCUUUUCAAGGCUAGUAUGCAUAUUGACCCAAAGACACUCAGGCCUGGUGCAGCUCCGCCAGAGAGGGGGGUAGACUCACCGGUCGUCGGCUUCGACCAACCCGCUGUCGCCAAGACGUUAGAUGUCAAUCCAACAAAGACAAGAGCAAGAGUAUCUGCCAAGCGAAGACCUCCCUCAAGGAGAAGCCUUCAGGCAGCCGCAGCAUCCGCUUCCAACCCGGCCCUUCUGAGUGACAACUCCCAAGGGGCCAAUGAGGUUUACCAAAACAUAGCCAGCGACCAACCCGACCUUGGGGCAUCUGCUUCGGCACCUGCUGCUCUUGCCGCUGCUUCCGCUGCAGCCCCUCCACCCGCCAAGAAGCCUACGUCCAGGAUGCGCGAAGACCACAUGGAUGGACCACCGCCGCUUCCUCCAGCAGCAGGAGCCAAACCAAAGAAACCGACACCUUCAGAUGAUAUCUUUGGUGAUGAUCCCUUUUCAGGAAUGACCAAUGGCUCCAGCAGUGCCUCUUCCAAUCGGACUGUCAGUAACUCAAAAGAGGAACGGCCAUUCUCGAUAGAAGGCGAUAGUGAAUUAUUUGCUGCUGCUGCUGCCAAAAAGCAACCAAGCAGGACUCAUGACAAUGGUGAUGAUUUAUUUUGCAAACCUCCGAAGGUGGAUCUUGAUGCUUCCAUCGAUGAUAUUUUUGCCACCCCUCCUGUUCUUGGACAUAGUAGCAAGCAAAGCUCCUUGGAAGCAGAUCCAACGUACGAGGAUAUCUUUGCCUCAAAAGCAAACACGAACAAUAAAAGGUCGACUUUGACUGAUCUUGCUAUUGACGAGGACUUGUUUGGAGACCUAGGAAAUGCAAAGUCAAAAGAUACGAGUGCUGUGUCUAUUGAUGAAGAUCUGUUUAGCGGGCCUUUAUCAUCCUCAACCGCACCAACCACCACAACCACCACAAAACCAAAGAAGAAGAAAUCAGCGAAGAAGACACAUGUCAUAGAGGAUGAUGAUGAUCUGUUUGCAGAGAAGCCAAAGAAAACAAAAUCCAAACCAGUAAAGGCCACCGAUGAUGAUCUCUUUGGCAAUUCUGACAUCUUCACUGGUCUUCCUGCCGCCAAGCCCAAGGAGAAAAAGAAGAAGACCACAGCCCCUGCUCAAGAUGCCAUCUUCAAAGAUAUCGGAGGAGAUGACAUCUUCGCCGAGCCCUCACCCUCGAGUAAACCCAAAAAGACGAAAGCCAAGAAAAAGACAACAAAGGAGGCUUCCGAUUCCAUAUUCGACACCGACGCACCAAAUAUAUUUGACGAUCCACUAAACGCGAUGAAUAAUUAAAGACCCAAAGCCCGGCAUUCAUAUCUCUGAUUGCAAAGGCUUUUCACUUCUUCAGCUUGAAUACAACUCAUUCCAUAUACGUGUGUGCUUUUAAUUGCAGUUCGACUGUGCAUACAAUAUGAUGUAUUUACUCCAAACCCCUUAUUAGGAAUUUAUUUGACAAGUGCACAGUGGGGGAAAAGUGUUGCCUUUCACCUUAUAAAUUAUAAACAUUGAAUUGUAACGUUUAUCAAUGGGCGCUGUAACUUAGUAAAGAUAAGGAUGUUAUAUUAAUUCUAGGUGCUCAAACUACCGUUUGGUCAUUAAUAUUUUGGCACCCAUGACUGUUCGAAGCUGAAAUACAGAUUAUAAAAGAUUAUGUUCAUGUAGUUAUUUUCAAGAAAAAAUGUAAAUCAGAUAUCAUUAUACCUGUACUGACAGAUUUGUGAAUCAUAUGAAAUGUUAAUUUUAUUUACUUUAUUAUAGUUGUGUAUGACAUAGUGCUUUAUAAGAUGUGAAAUAUUUACUAUUUGUACAGUAUGUGACCUUUUUUAAGGUAAAGCUUCCCUUUUCUAGCAAAUAUUUACUGUAAAUUAGAACUGGUUCUCUUGUAUUUACUUUAAAUCAGUGAUGAUCUAAGUAAGAAGAUUUGAUUAUUUAUAUAAGCAGUGAAAAUGUAUCUAAUUUUGUCAACAAUAUAUUUUCAUUUAUUGGAUAUAUAUGUGUAUGAAUACUUUAUAUGGAUCAUGAGCUUUACUAUGAUUUAGAAGUAUGUGAAUAUCCAAGUUUUUAAAUGAGAAUAACUCAGUCAAAUGAACAUCUGGAAAUAUCAAUUAUAUAUAUACUCUGUUCUUUCUUUAUUCAUUCUUUACACAUCAAUACUACAAAAAUUAUCAAACAAAAUGUUGUACAAAUGUACAGAAAUCGUUUGAUAUCCUUGAAAUGCAAUAUGUAUAUGAUUCCAUGUAUAGUAAAGAGGAUAGAAUAAUGUACAUACAAGAGUUAGAAAUUAAAAUGUUAUUGUAACUUUUCGAAUUGUCACGAAAUAAAUUUUAUUUCUGUUUUCUUUUGAAGAU